GUCUGUAUUUUAUUUUCAAGUUUGUUCAUACACUGGAAUUUGUUUCGAAUUAAAUCAGCGUUGCCUUAAUGGAGUUUGUUGUUAGCAGACCAAACCAAGUAUAUCAACAAUGCCCCCCAGGAACAUUUCUAGACGGCUUCUGUUCCUAUACUCGAAUUUGCUUUGAUCCGCGUGAAACUUGUUUUAAUGGACUUUGCUGUCAGAGUUAUGGACAAGGACAGUUUCCUCCUAACUAUCCGCCGAAUCAGCCAAUAUACCCUCCCAAUCAACCGAUAUACCCCCCCAAUCAACCAAUAUAUCCUCCCAAUCAACCCAUAUACCCUCCUAAUCAACAAAUAUAUCCUCCUAACCAAAUAUACCCCCCUCCCAAUCAAAUUUACCCUCAAAACCAAAUUUACCCUACCAACCAAAUUUAUCCUACCAACAUCUAUCCUUAUCCACGACAACAAAUUCCAGGAGGAAUUGGUGGCAUCUAUCAACCAUAUCCUAUCGGUGGUCUAGGAGGAAUGGGUGGAAUACGGCCAAUUGGUGGGGGAAUAGGCGGUCUUGGUGGAAUUGGAUAUGGCGGAAUUGGCAGUCUUGGAAUGGGAGGACUUGGAGGCUUAGGAGGGCUUGGCGGAUAUGGUGGAAUUGGCAGCCUGGGCGGGUAUGGAGGACUUGGAGGAAUGGGAGGCGGACUUGGUGGCCUAGGAGGAAUUGGAGGUGGAAUUGGCGGUCUUGGCGGUAUGGGAGGACUUGGAGGAAUCGGUUUCGGCUGUGUAGAUUAUCACCCAUAUUGUCCCCUUUACACUACUUAUUGUUUCUCUUCAACGAUUGUAGAAGUCUGUAUGGAAAGUUGUGGACUUUGUGAUAUUUACAAAAGGUGA